AUGAGGGCCGUGGUGCAGCGCGUCCUCUCGGCCAGCGUCGAGGUGGAAGGGCAAGUGGUUUCGGCGAUCGGCCCGGGCCUCCUCGUCCUCGUCGGCGUUCACGAGGCUGACACCAGCUCCGACGCCGACUACAUCUGUCGGAAGGUCCUGAAUAUGAGGCUGUUUACUAAUGAGAAGACUGGAAAAGCAUGGGAUCAGAGUGUUAUGCAGCGGAACUUUGAAGUCCUGUUAGUGAGCCAAUUUACCUUAUAUGGAAUCCUGAAGGGUAGCAAGCCAGAUUUCCAUGUGGCUAUGCCGCCUGCGAAAGCAAAACCUUUUUACGCUUCUUUGGUUGAGAAGUUUCAAAAGUCGUACAAAACUGAUUCAGUUAAAGAUGGCAUUUUUGGAGCAAUGAUGAAGGUUUCAUUGGUAAAUGAUGGCCCUGUAACAAUGCAAGUUGACUCACCCUCCCUGCAAGGCUCUGGUCAGUCAAGCAAUGGUGAUGCUGGUUUGGUAAGAGACGGUGAAGCAGCAGUACCCGAUGAGACUCAUUAA